AUGCCCCGACCACGCCUACAACCGCUCCUGCGACCUUUCUUCACCUCCUCCUUCCCCUCGUCAUUGUUGACGAAACCGCCUCUUCUCCCUCACCCACGCCUCCUGACGAGCUCAGCAGCUCAGCAAGUCCGGUACAGACGGUUUGGCGACCCUCCAGAGCGACCCGAGCCUCCGACCUAUCCUCCUCGCGACGCUGAACCCCAACUACGCGAUGUCAACCCAAACGACCCGCUGGGCAUCUUUGACGUGGCGCGACGACGACGACAAGUACCCGUCUACGAGCAACCACGACAGAGGUCUUCCUACGGCGGACGACGGCAGGGCUUCUCGUUCCACAACGUCCAGACGGUCUUGCGGUCGCGGAUGUUCCUCGUCCUCCUCGGCGGCGCAGGCGGAUACUACGUCUUCCACCUCGAGAAGGUGCCUGAAACGGGACGAUGGAGGUUCAUGGACGUCUCGCCCGCGAUGGAGAAGCAGAUGGGCGAGCAGGCGUUCCAGGAGACGAUGGGCGAGUUCGGGCGAAAGGUCUUGCCCGACUACCAUCCGCAGGCGCGCUUCGUACAGGGCGUCAUACAGCGGAUCAUUCGCGCGAACGGUCUCGAGGACAAGGUGGGCGGCCCAGGUUGGAAAACCUACGUCGUCAAGGACGACUCGACCAAGAACGCCUUCGUCCUGCCGAACGGCACGAUCUUUGUCUUCACCGGCAUCCUGCCAGUUGCAGCAGACGCCGACGGGCUUGCAUGUGUGCUCGGACACGAAAUCGCCCACCAAGUCGCGCGACACUCGGCAGAACGCAUGAGCGGCAUGAAAGUCUUCUACGCCCUCGCGCUCCUCCUCUCCUCCUUCGGCAUCGACAUGGGCCUCUCGCAAGUCCUGCUCCAAUUCGUCUACUCGCUGCCCAACUCGCGCAAGAACGAGACAGAGGCCGAUUUGAUCGGCUUGCGGCUUGCGAAUCAGGCGUGCUUCGAUCCUCGAGCGGCGGAGGCGCUGUGGAAGCGGAUGUCGGCGGCGGAGGACAGUCCGGGAGUCGACAUGUCCUUCCUUUCAACCCAUCCGUCGAGCAAGCACCGCAUCGAGAACGUCAAGAUGUGGGCAGAGGAUGUCGUCAAGGAGAGGCCGAGCGAGUGCGGUCCGUUGCGAGACCAAGUCGAGCCGUUCCAGCGCUUCUCACGGGGAAGGUGGUGA